AUUUCACGCUAAAAUAUACAGUCGAAUUUUUAUUUAACGAGUAACGAGUGAACAGCUGUUCAACCUCAACUUAUUAUUCGAAAUUUGUAUCUACGUAGAUAUGAAUUUUGCCUAUCUCUGUAAAAUACCAUGUGGCAUUCUUGAAUUGGUUUGCUUGUAUUUAACUUGUGAUAUGCGCAUGCUCUUAACAAAACACUUGUUUUGUCGUCUGGUACUUUGCUAUCAAUCCAGAAGAGUCUGUUCAAUUUCUUCCUUAUUUUAGAUACAAUUGGAAUAUUUAAAGCGGUUAUGAACGUUCAUGAAACAUUUUGAAGUAAAUUAUUUAGAUUUUUAAUGUCUGUAUAUUCGUAAAACAGGCUAAGCGAUUUUCUGUCAGUUUUUGAGCGAAUGCUAACGUCGAACAUUGGCCGGUACAUUCGAGUGGAAUAAUGCGAAAACUCGGUGAUGUCAUCUGUCUUCGAUUGUUAAGUUUAUUUAUUUUACUUUGUACAUCUGCUUAUGUAAAUUGUGAUAAAACACCGUCAAAUGAAGAACUCAAAGCGCAGAAGUUUCCUCCGUGUGCGGCUUGUAGGGUCUUAAUAAAUAGUUUUAAAAAGGGCAUUGAAAGAACCAGUCGUGAGAAAUUUGAUGGUGGUGAUAGUGCUUGGGAGGAGGAUAAGUUAGGUUCAUAUUCAAAGAGUGAAACUAGAUUGAUAGAGAUACAAGAACAUUUGUGUAAAGAGGUAGAGCGUGGUGAAACUCAGUGUCACGCUUUAGCUGAAGAAUUAGAAAGCAAAAUAGAGGAUUGGUGGUUUAACCAUCAGCAAUCGCAUCCAGAUAUACAUGAUUAUAUAUGUAUAGAACAAACAGAAAGCUGUUGUCCAAAAGAUCAUUUUGGUCCUAAGUGUACACCAUGUCCAGGUUUUCCAAAUAAAAUUUGUAAUAAUAAUGGUAAAUGUAAAGGAGCAGGCACUAGAAAAGGAAAUGGUGGAUGUAUGUGCGAUAAAGGCUAUGAAGGAGAUAAUUGUUCACAUUGUGCAAAUGGAUUUUAUGAAUCCUAUAAAGAUGAGAAUAAAUUACUUUGUUCUCGGUGUCAUGCUGCUUGUGAUGGUCCUUGUAAAGGAGCAGGGCCUAAGAAUUGUGAAAAAUGUAUGAAAGGGUGGUAUAUGUUAGAUGAAGAAGGUUGCUUUGACAUUGAUGAAUGUAUAACAAAUGAUAAAUAUUGUCCUGGCAAUCAGUUUUGUAUUAAUAAGGAAGGAGGUUAUUCAUGCUUAAGUUGCGACAAAGCCUGUAGUGGUUGUACAGGAGAUGGUCCAGAUAUGUGUAUAAAAUGUGCUGAAGGAUAUCAUAAAAAGGAUAAUCUAUGUAUAAAUUCUGAUAUCCUGGGGCGCAAACAUCAAGAGAAUACUGCACGAUAUGCUACAUAUUUCGGUCUAUGUGUUGCAACAUGUAUUAUUUUCCAGCGAAAUAUUUACAUAGCAAGUGUAAUUGGAUUAUUAGUUGGUAUAUACAUAUCAGUUUCAGAAUAUAUGAUAGCUAACAGUAAUGUUCAGGACACAACAGCAAAUGUAGACAUUUUAGGGUCAACAUAAAUAGGUAGAGAAUUUAUAAAAUGAUUAACUUUCUUUCAUUAAAUUUUGUGAAGAUGUCAAUUACUAAAAAAUAUGUAAUAUACAUCAUACAUCAAUGGUUAUUAAAAUAAUGAUUGUUUUAAAUUUUUUGAUUUGUAUGCUUAUUACAAAACUUAUAGCUGUUUUCAACUUAAAAGUGUAAUAAACCUAGGAAAUAUAUGAUAUUCAGAUAAAGAAUUGUACUAAGAACUUAAUUUAUAACUACACAUUUUGUACUUUGUGUCAAGUUUUUGUAUUCAGAAGAACUUAAAAUACUAUUGACGAAUGUGCUAUAGAAUAAAUAUAUAAUAAGGAUAAAGGUAAUAUAUUCUGUAAACUAUGUAUGUAUAUGGAUAUAUACAAUUUCGAAAUCGAAUAUUGAGUAUCUUCAGUGUUUUAAUCACUGUUCAUAUUAUUUGACUUCAAAUAAAUUGGAGUGUUACUUAUAAGAAAAGAAACAACAGCAUAUAAAUGUUGUAGUUUACUAAAGAUCGUACCAUGCAUUUAAAAACAUUAGAUUCAUUAAAAAAAUGUAUCGUAAAUUUAAAAAUAUUUAAAAUAAAUAAAUUAGACAGUAACAAAAAUAAAUCAUAUUAUUCCGAUUAUCUAUAGUAUAGGAAAUAAUAGUCGCGUUAAAUACAAAAUAUAUUAAUAUAAUAAAAUGUAAUUACCGUUUGUAAGAUGAAUGAUAUUUCAGUGUUGAUGAUGACUUUGUAAAAAUGUGUAAUAAAAAUAUAAAAUGUAUAAUGCUA